AUCAAACAUGUACGCUUCACAGUUCGACAACUUCCCAACCUCGCGGGAGGCCAACGGGAUCCGCCACGGCGGUUUCCCUCCCUCUCCGCACGCACGGCCGCACGCGCUGCAGAUCGCAGACUGCCCACGCGGCCUCGAUGCUUCUGCGCUCCCCGCCGCACCACCUCCGCCUCCUCUCCGCCGCCGCGCUCACGUCCGCCGCCCCAGACCCCCACCUCCGCCUCCUCUCCGCCGCCGCGCUCACGUCCGCCGCCCCGGCGCCGGCGCCAGCCCCGCCCCAGACCCCCACCGACUGGGCCAAGGCGCCCCUCGCCUCCGUCCGCCCGGCUACAGCCGAUGCCUCGCUCUUCCACGUCUCCCUCGACCUCUCCGCGCACCAUGCCCUCCUCUCCUCCCACGGCGCCGCAGGCCAGUUCCUCCCCUUCCGCCUCCCCGCCGCGCCCUACCCCAUCUUCCUUGCUAUCGCCUCCCCUCCUCCUCUCGCCGGGUCCUCCGCCGCCGCCUGCUUCGAUUUCCUCAUCAAGCGCCUCCCUGGGACCCCCUCCGCGCGGCUCUGCGACCUCCGCCCCGGCGACCUCGUCCGCGUCGGCUCCAGCGUCGUCGGCCGCGGAUUCGAGGUCGCCAGGAUAGCCGACGCUCGUGACGUCCUCGUCUUCGCCACCGGAUCCGGGAUCAGUCCGAUUCGAUCACUUAUCGAGUCAGGUUUUGGUGAAAAAGGUAACAUUGGUGUAAACCUCUUUUAUGGGGUUAGAAACCUUCAGAGGAUGGCAUAUCAGGAGAGGUUUAGUGAUUGGAAAUCCAGAGGAGUCAAAGUUAUACCUGUCCUCUCAAGACCAGAUAGUCAAUGGACUGGCGAGCGGGGCUAUGUCCAGCAGAAUGUUUUCUCAAGGAUGAAGAAGGUUGUAAAUCCUUCAUCCAUGGGAGCGAUUUUGUGUGGACAUAAACAGAUGACUGAGGAAAUUAUUAGAGUUCUUGUUGCUGACGGUUUGUCAAAAGAUAAAAUCUUAACGAACUUCUGAGUACUACUAGGGUACAGUUCUGGCCCUUUUUGGAUGCUGUACCAUUAUUACUAUACAAUCCAUAGCUAUUCUUUCAUCUCUAUAGCAGUGCGAUUGAUGAUCGCAACAGAGAUACAGUUACAUACUGACAAAUAAGGGCUGUUCUUGUUUCAUUCAUGCCGCCGUAUCCACUAUUGCGUUUGUUGAAUGUAUGAUGUAUUAAUCUCGACACCCAUCGGGCACUGGAAUCAAGAAGGCCUGUGUUGAGAAUGUUUUGUAGUAUUUUGAGACAAUGCCUCUUUUGAAGGUGCUGAUGUACUCCAAAGGCCGCUCCAGAAAAAUAAGAGGGUAUAAAUAGAAGAUAGUAGGAUCAUUUUUGGUUUGUAUACCCUCAGAUAUGAGCGCUGCGCACCUUUUGCGCGGCUGAGAUUUUGGUGUAUCUGAAUGCUAUAUAAUUUUUUGAAUGGCUUGAGUGGAAUGAUGUGUUUGUAUGCA